UAACGUCCCCGCGACCCGGACUGUGACCUGUCUCGAGGCUAUGUCUAACCUUCGUCACGGUGACCACAUUGUCUCAACACACCUCUCAGAAUGAGCUCAGACACGGUUCCUGUGCAGACAGAAGCAGAUGUGCAGGCUAUCCCAACCAUCUUUGACGCGAAGACCUGCACGCGCAAAGGCUUUGCCCCGUAUCUCGCAUCAGGAACGGGAACGACCCGCUCGAGAGCCAUUCGCUAUACUUCGAGCAACAUGGCACGGGCCCGGAGAAGAUAGUGCUCAUCAUGGGGUUGAACAGCACGUCCUUCGCGUGGUUCCCACAGGUGGACUACUUCAGCAAGAAGCCGGAGUAUUCGGUGCUCGUCUUCGACAACAGAGGUGUUGGGAACAGUGGUGCGCCUAUGGGACCGUACACGACAAGUGCCAUGGCAGACGAUGUCGUCACCCUGCUAGACUACGUCGGAUGGACGGCAGAACGGGAUCUGCAUGUCGUUGGCAUAUCCUUAGGAGGAAUGAUUGCGCUCGAUUCCAGAGCGCAUCGUUUCUCUUGCGCUCGCGGUGACUCGAGCACAGCGCACCAUUCGUUCCGCCUUUCCAUCGGUAAGCUCGUUGUGAGACGUUUCUCGUACUUGCCGAAGGCUGAGUGUGGCGUAUUCUACAGGCUCCUUGUGAUCUCUGACCCUGAAGCGAAGAUCCCGAUGAUCCUCGGCAUGCUAUUCCCGCAGCACUGGCUGAACGCCAAAGCAGAGGAUGACCCUCAAGGCCGCACGAAUCUUGAGCUACAAGCUGAAGAGUACCGCCGGAGGAUCGAGGUCACCCGUCCGCAGAAGCCGCUCGGUGCUCUUUCUCAGAUGGCAGCAGCCAUCUCGCACAAUGUCUCACCCGAGCGACUACGCAACAUUUCUGAGUCGAUACCGAAGGUGUUGAUUAUCACGGGUGACCAGGACAAUCUCGUUCCACCGAGCAGCAGUCGGUACAUCAAGGAGCACAUGCCAGAGGCUGAGCUGGUCGAGUGGGAAGAUGUCGGCCAUGGGAUACAGGUGCAAUGUAAGAAUAGAUUCAACGCAUUGCUGGAGCAGGUCGUGAAGGAGGGACGGGACAGAUUGGCGGCCAAGUCUGGGCCGUAACCCACGUAUGUACCAGCGAAGUGUGUGCAUAUGCAAUCUAGACAUCCUCAUUACGAAACCCGCCCGUAUCGUGCUGCAGUAUGACCGCCCAAUCUAACAAGUCUACGGCUGCGACUUGAGCUUGAUCGCUUGAUAGGGCCAGAUUGACCGACCUG